AGAGUUUAGUUCUCUGCCUGUAUUCGCCCCAUGCCGCACGUAGUUUACUAACGGGAGUAAAUAUACUAAACGAGUGUGCCAGUGAUUGUUAUCCCCUUUUCCCACAAAUAACGUUGAAUUUUCAUCGCGCGUUUUCCUGGUUUGUGUUUGUGUGCGUCGGUGCUUUUCCAUCUAGCAGGAUAACUUUUCCUCGACGGGUCGGAAAAUCGUAGCAUGUUUGCUCGCUCGCCGGUCAGAAGCUUUUCCGUAGUCUACCGAACAAGUUGUUCAACCGUUAGUUGUCGUUCUUAGUGUUGUAUGGAAACGGGAGAUUGUAGUUUUGUAAUUGUUCAAGAUAAAUUGUUAGUUUUUGAUUGUUUGUGGUAAAUUGUAAGCAGAAGCAGUUAUUCAUAAGGAUAAAUUUAUCAACAAAAGCUUUGAUACUCAAAUUAUCCAAACAGAAGGCAACCUCCAACAAACGAACCGGGAAGCAAAAAAACUACCGCGGAAGUAUUACAUAAACGCCAGCCCUCAAACCUGCUGAGCCACCAAAAACAUGAGCUGGUUGUUAAUCAGCAAUUUUGCGAAAGUUAAGUGUACUAUCUACAGAAACAGAUAAAAACAAAACCGAAAGAAAUUUGUGUAAAUUUUGCUACAAAGAUCAUCCAGCAGCUUCAACUUUUGGCUACGACGAAGGAUGGAAAUCUAAAAUUUGUGCUCAGUAUCAGCCGGUCAGUGUACAGUGUGUAGAGAGUGUUUUUUUGUGAUAAGUAGCUGAAUUCAAGAAUUGAAACCAGCUUCUGUCGGCGGAGAGAAAAAAACCUUAAAGUUGUGAUCGUUGACAAAUAUCAAAGUAUCAAAAGGAGAGAAAAAAAACCAUACAAACAGUAAACAAGGUAGUUUUCGGAUAAACAUACAUACUACCUACAACAAAUCAACACAGAAUGGGUUCGCAACACAAUCCUGAAGAUGAUCCGGGACUGGACCUGCCAGAAUUUAUAGAACCGGACCUGUUAGAUCUAAUUACUGAUAUUAUUCAAAUAGAAAUGCCACCUCCAGCACCGGAAAAACCAUUCGUGGUGAUCACAGAGCAGCCCCAGUCGAAGGCACUCCGCUUCCGAUAUGAGUGCGAGGGUCGCUCGGCGGGAUCGAUCCCGGGCGUUCACAGCAUGCCGGAUCUGAAAACCUUCCCCAGCAUCGAGGUGCGUGGCUACAAGGGCCGCGCAGUUGUUGUGGUGUCCUGCGUUACCAAGGAUCCGCCCUAUCGACCCCAUCCCCAUAAUCUAGUCGGCAAAGAGGGCUGCAAGAAGGGCGUCUGCACAGUCGAGAUCAACAGCAGCACCAUGAGCUACACCUUCAGCAAUCUGGGCAUCCAGUGCGUCAAGAAGAAGGACAUCGAGGAGGCGCUCCGAUUGCGCGAAGAGAUUCGAGUUGAUCCGUUCAAGACUGGUUACGGUCAUGCCAAACAACCCGCCACCAUCGAUCUCAACGCCGUCCGGCUCUGCUUCCAGGUGUUCCUGGAGGGUCAACAGCGGGGUCGGUUCACCGAGCCGCUGCAACCGAUCGUGUCCGACAUCAUCUACGACAAGAAAGCCAUGUCGGAUUUGGUGAUCUGCAAGCUGAGCGACAUCACUGCUCCGGUGGCCGGUGGCAAGGAGAUUAUUCUGCUGUGUGAGAAGGUGGCUAAGGAGGACAUUUCCGUCCGGUUCUACGAGGAGCAGCACGGCCAGAUCGUUUGGGAAGAUGUCGGCGAAUUUCAGCACACCAACGUGCACAAACAGGUGGCAAUUUGCUUCCGAACCCCCCGGUACCGAUCUAUCGAGGUCGAUCGCUCCGUUAUGGUCAACAUCCAGCUGAGGAGGCCUUCCGAUGGUGCUACGAGUGAGCCGCUGGCGUUCGAGCUGUUGCCGUUGGACUCAGGUAGGCGCCGGUUUUGGUCACUUCAACGCGAUGUUAUGAAAAAUGAUUCCCCGGAGAAUGAAAUCUUCAAAAGAAUUCUUCUCGAGGGACAGUCCAGCCAAGGUCUGGAGAAGGCUAUCGAUUCUCCGAAGCCCAUGGUCCAGCAGCAAGAUGAGAUUAUUGUGCUCGAUACUCCAGUGACCGAAACUAAGUCGAUCGUUACGGAGCAGAUGCCUAGCGAACAGAAAACGACCGAAUGGAUCGAACGAAAUGAAUUCGACGUUGCCAACAAUACCGGCAGCAUGGUUUCCAGUGUUGACAAUCAGUUGUUGGAUGAUCAUGUGUUCUCUAACGGCUCUCUUGAGCAGCAGGUUCCAAAGGAAGACGAAGAUAAGACCCUCAAUGAACUACUUGAGCAAGUGGCAGAGCUAGAUGAAAUCUACACCGAUCAUCAGCUUCGUCGCGAGAAUAUGAUCAUAGAGAAUGAGCUCAAAAAUUUAGAAAAUACAGUCCCAUCUGGUUUGCUAGGCAAUGGAGAAAAAAUGGAUAUUGACGAUGUGUUUGAUGAUGCAGCUACUUAUACUAGUCUACAACGUGCCUUCAAAAAUCCAGUUCCUCUAGCUUUAGGUCCCCCCGUUCCCCCUCGUCCACAAUGUUCUCAGUUCGAUCAGCUAGAGCCCGGAGUGUACGAUGCUGUUGAACCGAUCUCUUUCAACACCUCCGAUACAGGUUCACUGAAACGUGAAAACAAAGAAGAUGAAAAACUUCCUCCACUACCACCGAAGCGUGCCAAGCCUAACAAUACACAGAACAAAGAAAACCAAGACAUAGGAGAUGAAGUCCUGUUGCACAGUAUCAUCCGCAAGGGGUCCAUGCGUAGUCUGACUCCCCGUCCGCAGUCUGAUCAGAUCAUUAUCAUGAAGUCUCCCGACGCUCCGCCCAACAAAAAACUUCCCCCUACUCCUCCGGCUUCUCCAACCAAAAAUGACUACGGAACUCUUCCCAAAACUAAAAAAUCCGGUUUCUUUUCGAAAUUAUUUUCCCGCAAGAAGAGCAAGUCCGAUCUCACUGCAAGCACUUCCACUUUGACCCAAAAAGAUCCCGCCGGGGUUUCCAAAGAGCCUAGUGUGGCGAAUUUCGAAGUUAAUGAUUCCACGCGAGAUUCUAUCCGUAGUAAAACUUCAACAUCAGCAGGUGAAAAACGUAAAGCGGGGAAACCUGUUGCUCGAAGUGUUAGCAGUGUCUCGUACAAACGACCUACAACGGAGUCCAAUCCCGAUGUCAUCUACAUCCCGCUGAAAGGGGAUGCACCUUCUACUAAUCUGACUGCACGCACUGGCAAUGGCAGCGGAACGCAUCUUUCUCUGCCCGGAAACGAAUCUUACGAGCGUGCCAGCACAGCUUCCCUUCCUCCGCUGGAUCGGAAGACGGUCAGCGCACUACAGCUGGAUGUCCCGAUCCAGGACGGAAACCUUGAGCUGGUGGCCAUUGCCGAUGCGCGGAGUAUAAAGAACUUGGUCGAAGGAGACUACGGCAUCAAGCUGGAUCCCAGCGUUGAUCUCACCGAGGCCGAACAUUUUGCCCUGUACACCUCGAUAGCUCCCAAUGCGGCUCUCAGCGAGUUCGAUGAAACUUCAUGCUACUAUUCUCCGGUCGAACCCGGUCCUCUGCCCCAGCAAACAACCCUGGUCCGCCCCAAUCCUAGCUCUUACAGUGCAGAUGUCUAGGGUCGAUUCUCGUUUUUGUCAGUCAUAUCAUAGAUUUUUUUUUCUAGCUUAAGCAAUACUUUUUAGAGAUCAUUUAGUUUUUGAAUUAUUGUUAACUGAUGGAGUCGUUUCUAUCUUGUUUGUAGCUCACCCGAAACGGCACAAAAAGCCAAGAAUCAGUAACUGGCCCGAUGUUACCGAACAGCUUCCUCCGGAUGGAGCCCGUAAGUGUCUCCAGCUCCCGACCAGCGAGAGAGCCCUUUUAAAUUUCUAUUCCUCCUCCUCACCUU